GUCAUGUGACGCGAGACCCAGCCGGAAGUGAAGGAAAAAGCGCUUCAGCCCGCGGCGCCUGCGCAGAACGCUCUAGACGCUGUAAGGCAGGAGGCACUUGGGAUCGUCCGCAGGAUUGGGACUGCUACAAGAGGCCGCCACGGAGCCCGCCGGAGCCACCGUUCCUGCUGCUGCUGCCGCCGCUGCCCGAAUCGGAACCGUCGGGCCGCAGCCGCCGGCAAUGCCGCGAAGGAAGAGGAAUGCAGGCAGUAGUUCAGAUGGAACCGAAGAUUCCGAUUUUUCUACAGAUCUUGAGCACACAGACAGUUCAGAGAGCGAUGGCACAUCCCGACGAUCUGCUCGAGUCACCCGCUCCUCAGCCAGGCUAAGCCAGAGUUCUCAAGAUUCCAGCCCUGUUCGAAAUUUGCAAUCUUUUGGCACUGAGGAGCCUGCUUACUCUACCAGAAGAGUGACCCGUAGUCAGCAGCAACCUACCCCAGUGACACCGAAAAAAUACCCUCUUCGGCAGACUCGUUCAUCUGGCUCAGAAACUGAGCAAGUGGUUGAUUUUUCAGAUAGAGAAACUAAAAAUACAGCUGAUCAUGAUGAGUCACCACCUCGAACUCCAACUGGAAAUGCACCUUCUUCUGAGUCUGACAUAGACAUCUCCAGUCCCAACGUGUCUCAUGAUGAGAGCAUUGCCAAGGACAUGUCCCUCAAGGACUCAGGCAGCGAUCUCUCUCAUCGCCCCAAGCGCCGUCGCUUCCAUGAAAGCUACAAUUUCAAUAUGAAGUGUCCUACACCAGGCUGUAACUCUCUAGGUCAGUGUGCCCAGCUUCAUGACGCCCUUUUUGUGAGAGCACAGAGCCGGGAUAAGCAGAUAGAAGAAAGGAUGCUGUCCCACAGGCAAGAUGACAACAACAGGCAUGCAACCAGGCACCAGGAACACAGACAAACCUAUGGGAACACUCGGGAACCUCUCUUGGAAAACCUGACAAGCGAGUAUGACUUGGAUCUUUUCCGAAGAGCACAAGCCCGGGCUUCCGAGGAUUUGGAGAAGUUAAGGCUGCAAGGCCAAAUCACAGAGGGGAGCAACAUGAUUAAAACAAUUGCUUUUGGUCGCUAUGAGCUUGAUACUUGGUACCAUUCUCCCUAUCCUGAAGAAUAUGCACGGCUGGGACGUCUCUACAUGUGUGAAUUCUGUCUAAAAUAUAUGAAGAGCCAAACAAUACUCCGCCGACACAUGGCCAAGUGUGUGUGGAAACACCCACCUGGUGAUGAGAUAUAUCGCAAAGGCUCCAUCUCCGUGUUUGAAGUGGAUGGCAAGAAAAAUAAGAUCUAUUGCCAAAACCUAUGCCUAUUGGCCAAGCUUUUUCUGGACCACAAGACAUUAUAUUAUGAUGUGGAACCCUUCCUGUUCUAUGUUAUGACAGAAGCGGACAACACUGGCUGUCACCUGAUUGGAUAUUUUUCCAAGGAAAAGAAUUCAUUCCUCAACUACAAUGUAUCCUGUAUCCUUACCAUGCCUCAGUACAUGAGACAGGGCUAUGGCAAGAUGCUCAUUGAUUUCAGUUAUUUGCUUUCCAAAGUGGAAGAAAAAGUUGGCUCCCCAGAACGUCCACUCUCAGAUCUGGGGCUCAUAAGCUAUCGUAGUUACUGGAAAGAAGUGCUUCUCCGUUACCUGCAUAAUUUCCAAGGCAAAGAGAUUUCUAUCAAAGAAAUCAGCCAGGAGACAGCUGUGAAUCCCGUGGACAUUGUCAGUACUCUGCAAGCCCUUCAGAUGCUCAAGUAUUGGAAGGGAAAACACCUAGUUUUAAAGAGACAGGACCUGAUUGAUGAGUGGAUAGCCAAAGAGGCCAAAAGGUCCAACUCCAAUAAAACCAUGGAUCCAAGCUGCUUAAAAUGGACCCCUCCCAAGGGCACUUAAAGUGACCUGUCAUUCCGAGCCAGCGAACCCCAGCAGUAGGAAUCCGUACCCUAGGGAUCUGUCUGUCAUUUCUGUUGCUCUUGUGAUUGGCAAGUACAGUAUCCUUUGGGAAGGCCAUCCCCCUCAGGACUGUCCUGGCUCCGACCUUCGUGUACACUGCAGACGCUGGUUCUGAGGAACUGUUGUUUCGGCCUCAGUGAGGUUGCCUGGAAGGGAUCUGCGUUAGACUUGAGUGCAGAUCUCUCAGCACUGACCCAAGGAGUUCUGUUAUGGUACUGUACCUGUCCAGUCACUGGUUCUCUCCUCACGUUCUCUCGCCCCAUGAGGUUGUGUUGUGUCUUCUAAACUUGGUACUAGUGCUUCUUGCCACCCGGUCACCAGACCUCCAGAUACAGCUGCCACCACCAGGACCUUUCCAAUUAGUCCUUACAUGUGUGUUCUGUGGAGGGGCAGGGAAGAGGUAGCACCUGUGUGUGUACUGGGGGGGGGGGUCCAUUCACUUUGGAUUUCAUCUUGCUUUAAAUUUCUUCCCUCCAUUUUUAUUGGAAGACCUGUUUUUGAUCAGUAUCAGGCUGACCAGAGCCAAGUACUUUUGAAGAGUUUCCCAGGGAUUAAUCUUGGUAACAGCACAUAAUCCACCUGAAUGGGAUGGAGAGAAGAUUUAAGAGAUGGUGGUUCUAUAUUUUGAUUUGUGUUCACCUGUGGGCAGUGUCUUUGGUGAAAGGGAAUGGAUACUUUUUGCCUCACCAGAAAGUGCCCAGUAGUAAAUGUUUUCUUCUCUCUUUACACCCUGGCCCUUUUUACAUUUGUAGGUGCCAAAAUAAUUUCCGGUUCUCCCUUUCAUGCUGUAUGUUAACUGGUUAAUUAUACUGCAGACGCCUUCCCACCUGUCCAGUCGGAUAGAGUACACCUGCACUUCAUAUAAGUUGCACUGAUUUUGUCCAAACACCCUGGGAGAAGUUGAAAAUGAUUGAAUGACUUCCGUAUCUCAGCCCAUGACUCAGCAAGGCAGAAUGCCCCCCCCUGCCAAGGUUAGCUUCUCUUCUCAGCAGUGCCUCACCCUCCCUCUAGAACUGAAGUGCUUCUGCCCCUCAACGAACUCCUCCUCCAUUUCCCUUUUGGGAUUUGCCACCAUCCUUCUAUUCUCUGGUCUCCUAUUUUUAGUGUUGUUCGAGUGAAGGAAGAGAUGUUCCCUCUAAUUUCUCUCUAGCCUGUUAUAACCUGCUAUCUUGGGGCAGCUUUUGAUGUAUGACUUGUCACCCUUCCCAACUUGGUCUCCGACAACACGCUGUCUUCAUGUGGAGCCCUCACCACAAUCCCGACUCUGGUCAUUUGUGCCUUUCUCUUGUCAUCUCUGUACACUACUUAUAUUCACUGUGGGUUGGGGGGAGCUAAUUUUAAGCAUGUUCAGUGGCAGCUCCCCCCCAGUUUCAGUGUCACUGUUGAAAUUUAUCCAAAAGCAACUUCACUGGGGGUUUUCUUAAGGGGUAAAGGCCUUUUACAGAAGCUAAACCCUCCCCCACAUGUGGUAGAAUGUGCUCUUCUAUAUCUACUUCUCAAUAAAGCAUGUUCUCUGCUCAA